AUGUCGUCAACGUCCAACUUUCUUGCCGAAAUGACAAACUCGCCGGUCGUGGUCAAACUCCAGCACGGCCUCGAAUACCACGGAGUGCUCGCCUCCAUUGACGGCUAUAUGAACGUCGUUCUGAAGGACACCGUCGAGAUGGUUGAAAACAACAAGGUCAGAAAUUACGAAGAGGUGUUUCUCAGAGGAAAUAACGUGCUGUACAUUUCGCAGAAAUAA